AUGACAUUGAGCAUCCGUUGGGUGCCACUGACUUCCCCGUGUCCUGGUGCGUCUUGCGGCUUCACAGCAGACCCAGAUCCUCCCCUUCGCGUCCGACCACGAAUGCCAGAUUGCGACGGCGUAAAGGAAGGACGUGUGCAAGGAGAUGAGGAGUGGGAGCUCAUCGAUCGGUGUUACGUCUUCAGAGGGCCGGCAUCCAGAUCGCAGCGUCAUCGAGAUGGGAGGAAGGUUACGGGAUCGCUUGCCUCGGUGCGGGAGGGGACGCACGGUUUGUGUGAAUGGAGUCUGCUCCAGUAUUCUCAGAAUACUGAACUGAAGAUGGAUCGUCCAGGAUGUAAAAGAAGACAAAGGCUUCUCCAGGGCAUAUAUAGCCAUAACGCACCCAUGUAA